GCUGUUCACAGCUGUUGAGUAUUUAUAUGUAUAUUUAAUCGUAUGUAAGAAAAUAAACAUAUUGGCCGUUGAUCUUGAUUAAACAGAUUUUAAUACACUUGUGAAUUUUAAAGCAGCGAAUGCAAAUAUUAUUUUAUUGCGUAAUAAUUCAACAUGGCUGCGGAUGGAGAUAUUGACAAGGAUUGCCUAGUUCGAGUGGCAGUACGAAUUCGUCCUCAAAAUUCAAGAGAGAUAAUUGACAUGUGUCGAAUAUGUACCACGGUUACUCCUGGGGAGCAACAAAUUGUUCUAGGAUCAGAUAAGGCGUUUACAUUUGAUUAUGUAUAUAAUGUGGACUCUAAUCAGAGUGAUAUAUAUGCGGAAUGCGUUGAACGCUUGGUUGAAGGAACUUUACAUGGCUAUAAUGCUACAGUACUUGCAUACGGUCAAACGGGCUCUGGGAAAACCUACACAAUGGGAACUGGAUUUGAUCACACUUCUGGCGACUAUCAAAUUGGCAUAAUACCUCGCGCCAUACGACAUAUAUUCGCUGGCAUCGAUAAAUUGCAGCAUUCCGAAGGCAGUGAUGCCUCUGCCACGAAUUCGCAAUUUAGUGUGGCUGUUCAGUUUAUAGAGUUGUAUAACGAAGACAUUAUCGAUUUACUGGAUCCAUUUAACAAAAAUUCAUCUUUUAAAAUACAUGAAAGUGGAAAUGGGCAAAUAACUGUGGCAGGUGCUACUAUUAAGCCAAUCAAUGAGUCCCAAGAUGCCUUAAAAUUGCUACAGCAAGGCGCCUUAGCGCGAACGACAGCUUCAACUAAAAUGAAUGAUUUAUCAUCACGAUCGCAUGCAGUGUUUACGUUAUUUGUUCGCCGGCAACAAAUGAUCGAGCCGAAAAUUAAUUUUAGCGAUAGCGACUUCGAGACUUUGACAUCUAAAUUCCAUUUUGUUGAUUUAGCUGGUUCGGAACGUUUGAAACGGACCCUAGCAACUGGAGAUCGUGCUCGCGAGGGUAUAUCAAUAAAUUGUGGCCUUCUGGCACUUGGAAAUUGCAUUUCAGCGUUGGGCGAUAAAUCGAAGAAAGUCUCACAUGUGCCCUAUCGAGACUCGAAGCUAACGCGUCUUCUUCAAGAUUCUCUAGGAGGCAAUAGCCAAACCUUGAUGAUUGCAUGCAUCUCUCCGAGUGAUCGCGACUUUAUGGAAACAUUAAAUACAUUAAAGUAUGCAAAUAGAGCUCGAAAUAUCAAAAACAAAGUUCAAAUCAAUCAAGAUCAAAGUUCUCGAACAAUUUCGUUGCUUCGAAGAGAAGUCGCUGCUUUGCAAUUAGAACUUUUAGAAUAUAAGCAGGGCAAACGUGUCUUGGAUUCUCAAGGAAAUACCUUAAUUUCAGAUACAUAUUAUGAAAACUCCAUGUUGUUGGAUGAUAACAAACGUUUACAGCAGCGCCUGAAAUCAAUGCAAGAGACAAUCAACAUAUUAAUUGAUCGAAAUGCCCAGCUCAAACUGGAAAAGCAAAUUCAUGAAUGGGCAAAAGACAAUAAUUCGGAUAUAUCAGUUACCAACGUGGUAGGAAAUUAUUUGAUCGAGAUCGAAAAAUUACAAGCAAAAGUUAUAGAAUCUGAAGACAUGUGUCAGCAGUUGAAGAAAUUUAACUCUUCAGGGAAUUCGCCGCGAGCUAAUAAAAUGGCAUAUGAAGAUCCCAAUGUAAUCAUCGACAUAGCUAAAAAAGGCCUAGAGAAAGAAAGGGAACUCCUAAUGUCACGUUCAUUACCUGGAAUAACAAAUGAAAAUAGUCAACUAGUUGAGCUGGAAUUUUCAGAUAGCGAAAGUGAUUCUAAUGAGAAAGAGAUGGAAGAAAAUCUAAAUGAAAUUAACUCAGAUAUAGAAAUAAAAACAAAACUAAUUGAACAGUUAGAAUUGUCUCAAGAGCGGAUGCAAGUUAUGCGGCAACACUAUGAAGAAAAACUUAACGUCCUGACAUCUAAAAUCUUUAGUACACAAAAGGAAAGAGAUGAGGUGUUGGCGAAUAUGGCUUCAGCUACAUCUACUACGAUUAGUCAACCAAAAGACAAUUUAAAAGCAGUUAAAAUGGAAUAUGAACGGAAACUUAAUGACAUGAAUCGGGAACUGAAAAAAUUGCAACAGACUCAAAGGGAACAUAUUCGACAGCAAAAGGAAAUUAAGACACAAGAAAUAAAGCUGCAAAAUUUGCGAAUGGAACUUAAUGAUCUAAAAUGUAGUAAAGUAAGGUUAAUGAAAAAAAUAUCGGAGCAAACAAGCCGACAUCGAGAGGAAAACUCUAGGAAAACUCAAGAAAUCGCACAGUUACGCAAAGAGCAGAGACGACAGAAAAAUGCAGUUAUGACUUUGCAAGCGAAAAUGAAUGCAAAGGAGCAAAUUUUAAAACGGAAAACAGAGGAGGUAUCGGCACUUCGACGAAGCCAACGGAGUGGUAAUGUAUAUCAAAGAGCGAACAGACAAUCAGCGUCAAAAGUGGAACAGGCACGAUCAUUACAUCAUCGCUGGGAAACUCUAUCGCGUAGUGUAGUUCACUCUGCCAGAAAUAAACAGUUGAUUAGUCAAUUGGAAACUGAACUUGAACGACUUGUUAAUGAAAGGGAACAACUUUGCCGUGAGCUAAAAGUAAUACAAGAUCCCCAGCAUACUGAUAAGGGAUCUGAGUACUCAAACGAAGAAGAUAAUUUAAAAACGAAUAUUGGCUAUAUACAAGAAAAUAUUGAGCACAUACAAAAGGCUAUCAUGGAGUUUGAAGAUGUUAAAGACCCUGCAAACAGUGAUGCAAAUAAAAUUCAAGGCAUCCUAGAAACAAUUAACUCAAUUGACGAGGCAAAAUACUUACUGCAAAAGUUGUCUGACAAUGCAAUAUUUAUAACGUGUAAUUCAUCGAUGAUCGAAAGCCGUUUGCAAGAGCAUGAAGCGUUACUCAAAGAGGCCCAACAUGAGAGUAGUAUUCAACAACAAUUGUUGCAAUAUUUUUUGUCAAACAAUACAAAUGUGCAAAUUUCGGAUCUAUUUGAAUCAAUGAAUAUGGAUGACAAGCUUCACUUAAGCGAUUUAAACCGAUGCUCAUCGCAACAUUCUUUGAUCAGCAAUGGAACUUACGACAUUCCCCGCACACCAGCCCAAGAUAAUCUCGCUUUUACCAUAGAACAUCUACCCAAAAGUAGAUGUUCGCCUCCCAGUACAUCCAUUGAAACCUCUUUCGACAAAAGUCCAAAAGUGCGUAGGCGAACAGCCAGACGUGAUGAUCUCCUUUUUGGGGAAACAGGAUUAUCGAAUCAACCACUUAAGCCGCAUACUCUUGCGAAACGGACCUUAAGUGUUACAAGUGCAUCGGAGUCUUUGUAGUAAGUUGGUAUAUAC